CUGCAACGAUGAUCAUAGAGGAACCAGGUUCGAAGCCGACCUUCCGAGCACCAUAUCGACUCAGCCCUACGGAGCUGACCGACAUGAAGAAGCAGAUCGAGUAUCUCCUAGCCAAAGGACUCAUCCGACCAUCCACUUCACCAUACGGUGCCCCAGUACUCUUCACCCCGAAACCGGACGGAAGCCUGCGCAUGUGCAUCGAUUACCGAGCUCUUAACAAGCAGACCAUCAAGAACAAGUAUCCGAUACCACGAAUCGAUGACCUGCUUGACCAGCUUCGAGGAGCUACGGUAUUUUCCAAACUGGAUCUACGGUCCGGAUACUGGCAGAUACGGAUGGCGGACAACUCUAUCUACAAAACUGCUUUCCGAACUCGGUAUGGAUCGUACGAGUAUUUGGUCAUGCCGUUCGGACUCACUAACGCACCAGCGACGUUCCAAGCAGAAAUGAACCACAUCCUACGCCCACUCUUGGACGAAUGCGUGGUGGUGUACCUGAACGACAUCCUCAUCUACUCGCGCGACAUGAAGCAGCACGUCGAACACCUGCGACGCGCCUUCAAGAUUCUUCGACGGGAACGGUUCUACGUCAAACUGUCCAAGAGCGAAUUCGCCCUGGAGAAGGUCCAAUUUCUAGGACACAUGGUGAGCGCUCAAGGAGUUCACGUCGACCCCAAGAAAAUUGAAGCCUUGCAGCAGUUCCUAGGCUUCGCUAAUUACUACAACAGGUUCGUGCCACAGUAUGCGAAACUCGCGGCACCACUCACGAAUCUGCUGAAGAAGAACACGCCCUACAAAUGGGAGACGAAGCACCAGGAAGCCGUGGAGCAGCUGAAACAAGCACUGACAUCCGCACCGGUGCUCAUCUUGCCAGAUCUUGAACGUGACUACGUCAUUGAAGCAGACGCCAGUGAUCAGGCCGUGGGAGCAGUCUUGAUGCAAGACCAGGGGAAUGGACUGCAACCAAUUGCCUACCUCAGCAAGAAACUGCACGGGGCAGAACUCAACUACCCGAUACACGACAAAGAGGCUCUUGCUAUUGUCAUCGCCUUCAAAGCAUGGAGAUGUUAUCUCGAAGGACGUCAAACAACAGUCUACACCGACCACUGCAAAAAACGACAUCUACUACAGUGGGGCAACGACAUUGCGUACCGGAAAGGAUCAACGAAAAUUUGGGUACCCAAUUACCCUCCUUUACGCCAGUUACUACUCGAAGAAUACCACGACGUCCUCUACGCCGGACACUUCGGUAGCAACAAGACGCUGACCGGUAUCGCAAAACACUACUACUGGCCUCACUUGGCAGAUGAUGUUCAGAAAUUCGUCACCUCGUGUGAUACAUGUCAACGGAUGAAGAGCAGUAAGCAUAAAAAAGCUGGACUGCUACAGCCUCUUCCUGUCCCAGAACAGCCAUGGCAAGUGGUUAGCCUGGAUUUCAUCACCGGGUUACCACCUACCACUAGCGGUCAUGACGCAAUUCUUGUCGUCAUCGACAAAUUCUCUAAGAUGGGACACUUCAUCCCGACACACACGACGGCACGCACCGAGGAGACAGCACAACUCUUCGUUCGCUACAUCAUCUCACAGCAUGGCAUUCCAACUACACUCAUCUCCGACCGAGACCCCAAGUUCACCAGCAAGUUCUGGAAGGAACUCAUGUCUCUGCUCGGCACCAAACUCGCCAUGUCAUCCGCAUACCAUCCGCAGACAGACGCACAGACCGAGCGCCUUAACCAGAUUGUGGAGCAACUCCUUCGAGCAGCCUGCAAGGACGAGAUCUCCAAAUGGGACUUGCACCUGCCCGUUCUGGAGUUUGCUUACAACAACGCCACACAUGCCGCUACUGGACAGACGCCGUUCUUCCUCUGCUACGGACGCCACCCACUCACACCACAGAAACCGACAACAUCAGCAACAAUCGACCCAUUCUUUCGCUCCACCAUUCACCAACAUCAUACUACCGCCACCGGACAUUACUUCAAUAAACGCGACACUUCCCGCAUCUGGGUUCCCGGCUACGAUUUUCUUCGUACCCUCGUAAUCCAUGAAUCCUACGACAAUCCUACCUCCGGGCAUUUCGGAGUCGACAAAACCAUGAAGACGUUGCAACGCAAUUAUUACUGGCCAAACAUGGUCGACGACGUGCGGGAGUACGUGUCCCCCUGCACCGCCUGCCAAAUCAUGAAAUCAUCCCAUCAGCGAGCAGCCGGACUCCUACAGCCGUUGGAUCCGCCCAAGUGACCCUGGCAACACAUUUUUCCCUGUUCUCUCGGUAUUCGGCUAAGUCCUCCGACUGCCAGUCACACCCCUCCCAUACCCCACGUACCCUGGAUAAUUUUGACUAAGUCCUUCGCAACUGGUCACAUCCCGCCUCAUACCCGCCGUAACCUGGAAAUUUUCGGCUAAGUCCUCUGUAACCAGUCACAACACACUUAUACCCCACGCAACCCAGGCACAUUCCUCCUUCCCACACCCAACCCAACCUAGCCCAGCUGUGUUCAGUGCUGUUUGACUAGCCCUUACCGUCAAUCAUGCUACAUUUCACGUGUGUAA